AUGAGACGCUACACGCUUCUGAGCUCGUUACUCGCGCUAUACGCCUCUCUGUCCUACGGCAAAAUCCUCAACAUCGUCGCGCACCAAGAUGACGACCUCCUCUUCAUCUCCCCCGACCUACUGCACUACAUCCAGACCGGACAGGAAGUACGCACGGUCUUCAUAACCGCCGGCGAUUCCGGCCGGGGCGAAAGCUACUGGCAAGGGCGAGAAACAGGCGCGCGUUCCGCAUACGCGGUGAUGAGCGACGCCCCGAAUUCAUGGACAGAGAAAGACGCGGGGAUCCCAGACCACCAAGCUCCAUUGUUCAAUCUCGACCAGGACCCAAGCGUUUCGCUUGUGUUCUUACGGCUUCCUGAUGGGAAUCUGCUCGGGGAGGGGUUUGAGGAGACGGGGAGCGAGAGUCUGCAGAAGCUUUGGGAGGGGGGGAUAUCUAGGAUCCGGACUGUUAGCGGAUCUGGCUCGUAUACGAAGGAUGAGUUGGUGGAUGCGCUUGUUUAUUUGGCUUCUGAGUUUGCGCCGGAACGAGUCAAUACCCUGGAUUAUGUUCAUCAGUAUGGAGAUGGCGACCACAGUGACCACCACUCGACCGGUUAUUUCGUCACCGAGGCGCUGAAGCGCUAUGGCAAUGGUGGCAAUGAACCAACUCUCGCUGGGUACGUGGGAUAUCCCGUCGUCAACAAAACGGAGAACGUGGAGGGAGCAGAUCUCCUGGAUAAGAAGUUUGCGUAUUACGCAUAUGCGAGCCAUGAUCCAGUUGUUUGUGACAGCGAUAUGGCGUGUGCGGACCCUACAUUCGCGCCGUACUAUCCUCAGUGGCUCGAGCGACGGCAUACGGUUGAUGCGUCACCGAUUGCAAACGCCGUUACUGUGCAAGUUGCUGGGCUGGGUACUGUCGUAACUCUAGACGGGUCGGCAAGUUCGGAUCCAAAUGAUAAAUCGUUGGUCUAUGAAUGGACGCAGGUUAGCGGGCCAUCUGUGGACUUGAAGGACGCAGAGACGAACCACCCUUCAUUUAAGACGCCUGGUGAUCCAGGUACUUUGGCCUUUGAGCUCGUCGUGAAGAACGACCAGACGAGCAGCAGUCCGGCUGCUGUGAGGGUCACCACCAUGCGAUACCCUGAGAACAUUGCCCUCAAGGCUCGAGUAACAGCGUCAUCUUCAAAUGCAGAUUCCAACCAGACGCCAGACAAGGCAAUCGAUGGCAGCACGGGUGGAUUCCCAGCAGGACACAGCAAUGAGUGGGCGACUGGUGGAGGGAAAGCUGGGAGCUGGCUUACUCUCAGCUGGGAGGGCCCGCAGACGAUUUCCCAGAUCGCAUUGUAUGACCGGCCCAACUUGCAAGACCAGAUUACAGGGGCUGUAGUCGAAUUUAACGGCGGAGAGAGAAUUGAAAUAGGAGAGCUGGAUAAUUAUGGGACGCUCAAGACAGUGGAUGCUGCAGGCAGAACGGCCAAGAACCUGACCGUGAGAAUCACCGAAGUUAGCCCGUCAACAACGAACGUUGGUCUGGCGGAGAUUCAGGUUUUCGGGACAAGCGUAGACUAG